AUGAGUGCUCCAAAAUCUUCAGUCUUGAUGACUUCCAACUCGGAAGAACUUCCAAGGUACAUCUCAGGCAUGUUAAUGCCUGGGUCUGCCCACGCUUGGAUGAUAUCUUGUGCGCGUGUUGCACGCACGAUCUGUCAGUAAUGCGUCCAUUAGAAUAUUCGCCCCUUGUAUGAGUAUUUUAGUGAAUUCGGGCGUUUGCUUCAAAUCAAAAUAUAGUAUACAUGAGCGACAGGAUUAUUUUGGAAUAUACAACGCAAAGAAGUCGGUAUACUAUUUAGUUUUGAUGUAAUAAUUGGCUGUUUGUAUAGCAAUAAGUAUUGUAUCAUUUGCGACAGCUGACCUUUGAACCGCUGAUAAAUAAAAGCUUCUUAUAGUGCGCUAUCUUGCAAUUAUUCAGUAUUAAUUGUUGACUGUUUCUUAUUUUCAAUGAAAAAUUGCUUGUGAAUUACAAAUUAAUAGCACAUAUAGUUCACUCGGUCUUUUCCACCAUGGCAUACUUCCCUUCAAGCAUUAACUAUGCUUCAAGAUAUCGGCUUGAAUGCGCAAUGAAUGUUGUUAUUGGAAAUAUAAUAUCCCUUACAAUAAGCGGCAGACUGUUUUAUUAUGGCACGUGAAAUUCAUCACGCGAAAAACGUGUUUGACUUGCAGCAGGGUAAUUUGAUGAAGUUUUGCUAUUUUUGCUAGCUAAAAAUAUUAACAAGGGAACAAAGUUUCCUGUGUUAAUUUGGAAACCGCACAUUUAUUUGUAGAUAACAUUUAAUGACGCGAAUAACAUUCGUUUGAUGCCGAUCAUCGUAAUAUAGCCGCAUAAAAUAAUGAAACGAAGCCUAAAUGUAAACUUUCCGGAUUUAUUCAAUAAACAGUGAUAUUAUGUGUGAAUGAUUAUCGCAAUUCUGCGUCCUCUCAGUCACGAAAUAUACUGCUGCAGAGCCUCUGAAUAAAAUGUAUCAUUUUUUGUGUUGUUUUUCGACAUAUAAUACAUCACGUGAUCGCCGCCAUGACAACGAAAAGUAGGUCAAAUUUUAGAAUCUCCUUUGAUAAAUCAUAUAAAUCUUGAAUGGUAAUAAUCAAGGCCAUAUUUAUUUUUUUAUGAUUUUUUGUCUAUUUUCUCUAAAUACACAAACUGAAACCCAGGCAUUAAUUUACUUGAGAUUAAUUACUUUACCAACAAUUGUGUUACAGCUUCCACGAAUAUAAAGCCGUUUUGUGUUAGCAUUACAGUUCAUUUGAUUUUUUAAUCGUUAACAUAGAGUACAUAGCAUACAGUAUUUAUAUGUAACCAUGCAUUUUGUCAAUUGUGUACGAAUGUGGUGUCUUUCACAUGCCAUUUUUCAUAAUCAAUUUUUUCAGGGUGGUUGGUUGAUCUCAAUUUUUAAAUUUUGAUUUUUUAUUUCAUGUAGACUUAUUGGUACAGUAGUCCAGUUUAACUACUCUGGGCCUAUGAGUAACCGCCCAGCAUAUAAUAAGGACUUGUUGCACAACAACCUUCCAUUUAUAGAAGAAAACAAG